AUGGAGUCUCCAACAUCAUCAUGCGACAAAUGCUCCCACACACCCGUCGACAUCGAAGACUGCCAGGCCGAGCUAGUCUCUGCUCGAAAGCGAGUUCAGGAACUCGAAAGGUCUCUGGCGUCGCUGAAACAUAAUGGUCGUUCUUCUUCAUUGCGAUCCGCCAAGUGGUUCAAUGAUGAGAAAAGCCCCGAUAUGACCGCCCUUUACGUCGAACGAUAUCUCAACUACGGACUGACGAUCGAGGAAUUGACGUCCUCCGACCGCCCCAUCAUCGGGAUUGCGCAGACAGGGUCUGACUUAGCGCCUUGCAAUCGGCAUCAUUUGGAACUGGCCAAACGGGUUCAAGAGGGGAUUCGGACUGCAGGAGGGAUCGCCUUUGAAUUUCCAACACAUCCGAUCCAGGAAACUGGGAAGAGACCCACAGCGGGUUUGGAUAGGAAUCUGGCAUAUUUGAGUCUUGUCGAGGUCCUAUAUGGCUAUCCGUUAGACGGGGUGGUGCUUCUGACGGGGUGCGAUAAGACCACUCCGGCCUGUUUGAUGGCCGCUGUUACUGUGAACAUUCCAGCGAUGUGUCUUAAUGUCGGUCCCAUGGUGAACGGUUACGUGAGAGAUCAUCGAGUCGGAGCAGGAUCGGUUGUCUGGAAGGCCCGCGAGCUCUACGCUACGGGUCAAAUCAAUGAAGAAGGCUUCAUCAAUUAUGUAUCCGCAGGAACCCCGUCAGUUGGGCAUUGUAAUACGAUGGGGACUGCCUCGACCAUGAAUGCACUUGCAGAAGCACUCGGCAUGGCACUUCCAGGAUCUGCUGCUAUUCCAGCUCCCUAUCGUGAGCGAGGACAUUGCGCCUACAAGACAGGCCUGCAGAUUGUUGAAAUGGUGCGUUCUGACAGAAAGCCAAGUGAUAUUCUAACCCGCCAGGCCUUUGAGAAUGCCAUUGUGGUAAAUACUGCUAUUGGAGGCAGUGCAAAUGCUGUGAUUCAUCUCAAUGCUAUUGCAAAGCAUAGCGGUAUAACACUUGAAAUGGAGGAUUGGGACCGUCUAGGGUUUCAUAUCCCGCUGCUGGUCAAUAUCCAACCAGCCGGUGAACUCUUAGGCGAGGAAUAUUUCCGUGCCGGUGGUCUUCCUGCCGUGAUGGCAGAACUGCUCGAUGCUGGGAAACUACAUGGAGAUAUUCUCACAUGCAAUGGUCACACGGUAGCUGAGAACGUCCAAGGAAAAUAUUCCUGGGAUCGUAAAACGAUCCGGGCAUAUAAUGAACCAAUCAUUCAGGAUGCUGGUUUUAUACAUGUUACCGGCAGUCUAUUUCACUCGGCCGUUAUGAAAGCAUACCUCAUAUCUCGUGAAUUCAGACAUAAAUUCCUCGAGAAACCAGAGGAUCGAAACGCAUUCGAGGGAGCGGUCAUUGUAUUCGAUGGCCCGGAAGAUUAUAACCAGCGUCUCAUGGACCCCUCCACCCCCAUUGAUGAGAGGAAAAUCCUUAUCAUGCGUGGGACCGGUCCUCUUGCUUAUCCCGGCGCUGCAGAAGUGGUGAAUAUGCAUCCUCCUAGCCAUCUCCUGCAUCAGAACGUCCAAUCGCUACCGUGUAUCGGUGAUGGAAGACAGUCCGGUACUUCCAACUCAUCAUCCAUCUUGCAUGCGAGUCCGGAAGCUGCGGCCGGUGGUAACCUCGCCCUCCUACGAGAUGGGGACGAGAUCCGAGUCGAUCUGAAUAGUCGUCGCAUUGAUAUCCUGGUUUCGGAGGAAGAGCUGAAGAAACGCAAGGCCGAGCUGGAUGCAAAAGGAGGGUAUGCUAUUCCCGAUAGCCAGACCCCAUGGCAGGAGCUUUUUAGGAAGGAGACGGAGCAAUUGAGCGAGGGGAUGGUAUUGCGAGAUGCUUGUAAAUAUCAGCGAGUUGCCCAGAAAUGGCCCACACCGAGACACAGUCAUUGA